CCAAAGCCAAGAGGUGGAGGAAUCCUGGGUCAUGGAUGCAACCUAGCUUCUCCACAUAUUUACCUAGUUUCUUCAUAACCCAGACCUCCGACAUGUCAGUAUUUGAGAAGUCUAUUCGCUGAGGUGUCAGCGAUGUGAGCUGACACUGUGACAGCGCUUCGCCGGUUGCAGCGCUGGCUGCGACAAGAAGUAGCUGAAAAACAAGGCUUCACGUUGCAUCCGUACUUUAGUUCAAUCCCAACACGUUGCUGUUGGCUGUGCCACAAUGCCGCUGAAGUUCUUUUCGUCGCGCAAAAAGAAGGCAACGAAGGACAAUGACACAGUCGGCGAGCUCCUGCCCAGCAUCGCCCUUGCAGCUGUGCCACACGCGCCCAGUCCUCUCAAACAGUCCGAAGCCACGGCAACGGUUCUGUCUCAGGCUGCCCAGCUGGCACUACUGACAGUUAAUCAGGAGGCAGCAGAGAGUACUCUACCUGUUACACAUCAUCUACAAAGCGGUCCACCCAAAAUCACAUACGGUGAGGACAGCCGGGACACGGCUGCCGGCACUCUAGAUGUGCCUCAAGGCUACUCGGCAAUUGGCGCUGGGCGACUGUCAGCCGAUUCCACCAACCCCAUCUAUACCUAUACAAGGUCCGAUGGUCAUGGUAUGGUGCUGGAGGAUGACAGGCUGACGGUGCCUGGUGCGGUAGCCAGGCGUGUACCAGCAGUUGCCGAUGUCAAUGCCCAUGGGCAACGGCCCCGUUUAGCCUCACCGCAGAUUAGCUCAGUGUCGCUGGUAGGUAGCCUGGAAGGUAGGACCGAUGCCGAGGAACCGGGCUACUCGAGAGUCAGCAAGACUUCCACAAAACAGACCUCAACCAGUCCAGCAUCUGCAGCGCAGUAUGGACAGAGGGAAACGCCGCCAUUGAUACCGGCUCGCACUCUGGAGGAUAGUGAACUGAGUUUCUCCUCUGUUACAGACUUCGAUGAUGGCGAUGAUGACGAACUGGACCGGGGACGCUCUGGCAGUGUUGAGGUGUCACCAUUGCCAGCUAGCUCCGAUGGUCAUCAUCACUUGCAGGUGUGGAGCGACAGCAAGCAUCCAAACCGACGAAGGUCGCGCAGUCUUCAGCAUCUUGCCUACGUGCCCAUGUCAGCGCAGCCUGCACGUCUCAAGUCUGCCGUCAGCGAGGCAAACCUAGCCGACAUGACACCCAUCCAUAUAGGCCUUGGUCAGAGUUUGACUGAGGUCUUCUCCCAGAAUAGUAGAGCACGUCGAUUACAAGCUAAGGCAAAGAGUCCCAAACCUCCUCUUCUAGGUCUAUCUCCUCCUUUGCCACCCACACGCGUUGUUUAUCAUGAGCUAGAGGACGGGGCGGCAGGCCCCUAUUCCCGGGCGGCUGCCAACUCAGCGAGAAGGAGUCGCCGCAUAUCAGAUACCAGAGUGGAUGGCGCUGCUGCUGCAGCUCAAGAGCCUCACCGGCUGUCCGAUGCAAAUGAAUACAACACAUUGAUUUAUCGCCGGGACGGAUCAGUUGAUGAGAGUGGAAGGAAGUUUGGCAUCCAGCAAACGGCUCUGUAUCAUCCUGAUGCUGUGCCUGGCAAAGUGGCUACACCAGCACACAGUGCAAGCCUUAAGAAGAAGACGAAGAAAACAGCUGUAAGUGGGCAACGGACUCCCGUGGCAUCGUCUAGUCCUGCAGACAAGGUACAGUCCAGUGCUGAGCGGCAUGCUACACGAGUGCCUCUUUCCGACGCAUCACAUUCCGGAAGUAAAGGCCAUGCUCCGGUAGGCCAUGGCCGUAGCACACACAACGGCAGCGACGUGUCCGAAUCCUCUGCUGCCAACUCCACAAGAGACCGCAAUGAACUCGUUCUCCUGUUGGCCCAGCAGCAGAAGACUGCCAUGGACCUAGCACAGCAGCAGCAAGAGCAGAUGCAACUUCAACUGCAGAAAAUACAGGAGAUACAGAUGGAGCAACUACGACAACAGCAGCAGCAGCAACAAGCACCAGCCCAAGAUCAACUUGGUGCAGUCAUUCAGUCUCAUUUGCAGGAUGCAGGAUUUCCUGGCACUGCACUUCCUGAGCAGCAACUACAACAAGUUCACGUGCCAGCUUCGGUAGCUGAGUUUGUAACAGCUUUAGCCCAGAAUAUGGCAGAGAGAAUCCAGCAACAGCCACCUGCAGCAGCUCCCCAGGCACAUGCAGAGGCAUUCGUGAACCCCGAAAGCCGUGCCGGCGAGUAUGAAAGUCCAUUACAUCAAAGUGCAUCAGGGGCUUUCAUGGGCACACAUUCCGCAGUGCCGGCAAUAGAGUCUGAUGAGUCCUACGGCAGUCUGCUGAAAUCAACAGGACAUGGCCUACCCUCGACCAUUCUUAGUGAAUCCUUUCUUCAUGAAGGAUCUCCAGAAAACACCAUCAAUCAACAGAGAAGUGCACUUCAUCAGGCGAACUCCUUGUUGAAAGCCUUUGGCAAAGUCAACGAUCGUCCAGCCACACCAGAUGACGUCGUUCUUGGCCAGCGCCUCCAGGCUCUCAUCAUGCAGAUGAGGGACGCCGAACAAGAGCAAAUAGCCCACGAGAAGGAGCAUGCCAAGAUUGUGAAGGCCCUGCGGAAGAAGAACGAAUCGCUGAGAGAGAAUAACCAGCAGCUCGUAACCAGGCUGGAAACACACAUCCAAAUGGCCGGUACUACCAGCGAGAAAGCCAGCAAUGCUCUCAGAAGUAAAGAAAAAGUCCAUGCACGCGAACUCAGCGCCGCAAAGAAAGCACACAGAGAGAUGCAAUUUGAGAAUGAGAGGCUACGCCGACUUCUGGAUUCUGCACAAGAUCUAGACUCACCGUCUGCCCUUGCUGAACGUCAGAAGGCAGAGCAUCUUAGGGCCCGCAUUCAGGACUACGAACUCAUAAUGCAUCAUCAGAAUGAGCAGUUGGCGUAUCUGCAAGCAAAAUGUGAAGACCAUCGAACACAUGAAGAGAUGUCGACAAGUGGAGUGUUUACUACAGGGAGCAGAUCUCGGUCAGCGCAGAUGAACACGGAAGGCCUGUGUCCUCUACUCGUAGCCUAUGACAAGCGCUUAGAGGAAAAGGACAAGUUCAUCCGGAGGCAAGAGGCCGAGCUGGAGAGGGUGAAGCGCAGAGUUGUCAAGCUGAUUGAAGAGAAUGGGAAGAUUUCCUUGUCUAUGGAACAUGACCGGACAUAUCGCGGUGGUCUUGGCCAGGAAGAGCGUGAUGCACUUGAACAGAGAUGUGACACACUGGAAGCACAGAAUAGGAACUUACUGGAGAGAAAUCAGCUACUCCACAAGAAGAGCAAAGUCUUGUCGGCCACGGCAAAGGAGCAAGUAUCUUCAGAGCACCAGGACCUGCUCAAACUGCAAAAGAAGUACAGAAAGCUUCAAGAGGCGUUCACCGCACUGGGUAGUACUCACAGUGAUAUGCGCACGGCACACGAUACACUGCUAGAGCGCCAGUCACAGCUCACCAGCAAGAAGGAGAUGUCCAGUGCAGUGGAUUCUUGGCAAGAACGGUAUCAGAAGCUGGAGACAAAAUUGGAGGAGAUACAACAGUCUAACGAGGCAAAGAUCAAGGCACUUCAGGAUGACAAAAAGGAUCUCAUUUCUAAAGUUACAGAUGCUUCUCUGGAAUUGCAAGGUCUACAGAAAAAAGCAGAAGAUACUGCCGCAGAAAAUAUUGAGCUGAAUGGGACCGUGAAUCAUCUCAGAAAAGAGCUGGACAAUUCUGAAGACAUUGCAUCUGACUUGAGAAAACAGCUUUCAUCAACUACCAUUGAGGUGGAGAGGCUUAUCAAGCGAUGUGAUGCUUUGAAAAUCAAGGUGAAAAAGGAGAGGCAAGUGAAUCACCGCAUUGCUGAGGAAGCAGCAAACAAUUCACAGAAAAUGCAUGCUACCAAGCAAAGAUUUUCAAGCGACAAGUUGAAGUCAAGCCGGAAGCUCGAGCAGAUGUCUGUGCGGCUUGAAGAGCAGGAGUCACGACAUGUCAGAGAGGUGCAGGAGAUUCAGAAAGAAGUUAGACAUGUGCGUACAAUGCUUGAUGAGCGACACAAAGAAGUACACAGGCUCCAGGAAGACAGCAGCUUGAAGGACGAGCAACUACAACGUCUGCUCCAAGCAACAUCCAACCACCAGCAGCACCUGCUGAGCAGUGCAGCUACACUAUCACGACACACGUCAGUAAACUCCUGACAGACCGUCCUAAACAAUUCACAUGUAUAUGUUGUAUGAGCCCGGCAUGCUUCAUGAAUAUCAUGAACAGCAACCCCAAGCCAAGGGCAGACAAAGCAUGUGUGCAACUGACACCGAAGACGUUGACGCUGUGCUUAUGAUGAUCACAGUUCCCGCCAGCGGAGUAAGGGCAGAGACAGUAUGUAUGUGUGCAACUGACACCGAAGACGUUGACGCUGUGCGAUGAUCACGGUAGAGCACAGUUCCCGCCAGCGGAGCACCGCGCGUAGUUCAUAAGAAUCAUACAGCAGUGUGCCAUCCAUCUUGGUGGAAUUUAGUGCACUUGUACAGUCAAAUGUCUCCUGAAAACAAUGCAUACUACAUUUGAAGUAUGUGUAUACUUAUGUAUCUAGUGCGAAUGUUCAGGAUUGGCUCUGAACACUUGACAUCAAAUCAGCCAGUCUUGUAGUGGUACAUACGCGAACAAUCAAAUAUUGAAUUGAAAACUUGAACCUAUUAUUAAAAAUGUUGAAAAGAAUAAUUUUAUACCAAAAAAGUUUCAAAAUAGGGAUCUUUUUUCAUUUCAUAGUUAUCAAUUCCAAGUGUAGUGCCUAACUAUGGAGCAUGUCAUAGAUGAAAUAAAUCUCAAGUCAUCACCAAAAAGAAUUAUCCGUCUUCCAUGUGGCUAUGCCGAAAUAGAACUCAUUUGGCUGGCUGCUCCGAGCCCUUUGCUGCUUCAAACAUACCCACGUCCACUGAAUCCAUGCUCCUCGAAUUCAACAUCAUGCUGAAGGCAAUAAUAAGAACAAGAGGCACAAAGGUGGUGCUACACUUGAAGCGAGUUGUGAUGGUGCUAUUUUAUAAUUGCAUAUUUAUACACUAUUUGAAUGAUUGGAGGAGGGGGUUAAGCUGUGUUCGUUUUUGUCUCAUGUUUCUCGUUCUAUUGUUUUUCCAUGUUUCUUGUUUUACUGGUGCCUUCCAUAGCACGGGAGUCCCAUGUGCAAUCAAUUGAACUGGAAUUUAAGCAGCGAAAA